ACUGUUGGCGCUAUAGUUGCGACUUGCGUUACUAUUCAGUAGACAGAUCUAAUCCCCGUAGACAUUCAAAUGGAAUGCUUCGGGUCUGUCUAUCAUAUCUGUUCAUAAAUGGGAUCAAGCUUUUCGAGUCUGAACAAGUCUUGGGGAUGCACAAGUCUUGGAACUUCUGGUAACAGAAGUAAUCGAAAGGAAUUGAGUGGAUUUUGCCACUGUCCUAAAAAUUGUCCAUCUAGCUAUGUGUUACCUAGCGCUUUACAAACGAAAACUAAUCCACUGCCAAUUGAUGAAUUAUCGACUUCUAUCAUAACAAGCCCAACUGUGAUUAGUACAUACAGUUGUACAUGUAAAAACUCUUUAGCACAUCAUCAAAUAAACUCUGAUACACGUGCUUCUAAUGUAGACAGUAGUUAUCAGUUAUGUGGUGUUUCUUCUGAAGCAUUUAUACCUACAGAUUCAAAUAUUUCCAUCAGGGUUUCGAUUCCACAUUCUGAUUUUAAUCAAGAACAACUCUACGACGGUCAAACACAAUGUAUUGGUAGUGUUGAAAAGUCCGUUGACAUUGAUACAAUUAAAAAAGACUGUAUAUUUACAGAUCCUUUAAUAUUGACUGAUUGUGCAAUUGAGCAAUUCCGAAACCUUAUAUCUUCUUGGUCAUGUAAUGAUUUAUGUUGUCUUUACUUGGAAUAUGAAGCAGUAUAUGAGCUCCAACUUUUAUGGAAAGAAGCAAUUAAAACUCGAUUGAGAGCUCCUACUCUUAAGGAUGAUCUCUGGUCUUUAGCUCAACAUGGUUGGUGUUCUAAUACGUACCUUAUUCGCAAUGGCUCUACUCAUGAGGCACAUUCCUAUUUACUAGCCUCACGGUUAAGGAAUUUCGAUGAAAUGCUUACUUCAUUGAAUCGUGGGAAAUUUCAUAGAUUUCCAAACAAGUCGACAACUGAUCAUACUAAUAUAAUGAGUAUCACUUCUACCAGUACCAUCACUAAUACUAGUACUACUAUUCUGACUAAUAAAGCUUCAAUUAAUUCACUUCCUACAUCCGACAGACUUGUUGAUCAGUCAUCCGAUUUUCAGUCUGAAAAAUGUCCUGAUUUAUUAUCCAGUUCACGUUUAAAACUACAAGAUACUUCAUAUAAAAUGAAUACUGAAACUCAUCAACAACAACAUCAUCAUGAUCCGAUAAAAUUACAUAGUGUUAGUAUUCUCGAUCCUAAUAAUUUAAAAAUUAACACUCAUGAUGUAUCGAAUUCAUCUAAAAUGUUUCUAACCAAUUUUCUAUGUCAAUUAUACGCGGGAGAUGAUCCACAACAAUUACUUUCUAAACCGGAUCUAUUGUACCAACCAGAAAUUAAUGAUAAAGCAAAAAAUACAUGUAAUACUAGUAGUAAUUUAUCGAAAUUAUAUAAUUUUCUAAAAUAUUCACAUCAACAUAAAUGCUUACUCUCUAACGACUGUGAAUUAAUCUUCACAUGUCCACCUAUACUCAAUUUAAAAUCGAUUACAUUGCCAUGUCAUGCAGGCAUAUUAGCUUGUCGUUCACAAUUUCUACGUCGUAUUUUAUUAAAGCGUUGUAAAUCCAACACUCUCACCGUCGCUACUAAUACUACUAUUACCACUACGAGUAAUACUCAAAAUUCUACACAUAAAAUAAUUUUAGAUGGUAAAAUAAUACCAGGACAUUUUGCUACUGUGAUUUUACACUUUUUCUACUGUGAUUAUCUUAAUUUAAGUGAAAUAUCAAAUUUAUUAUUAGUUUUUAAUCAACAGACAUUACUAAAUAAAUUACAUUUUAAUUGGCACACUGAACAUAGUCAGUUGAAUAAAACUACUACUAAUAAUAAUAAUUAUAAUGACAAUUAUAUGUGUUGUAAGUCAUCUGUUGAAGAGGAUCACUCAUCAUCAACAUCAACAACAAUACCAGCAUCCAAAUGUACACAUGCAUAUUCUUCAAGUCAUUGUACAGCAUCUGAUUCAGGAUCAUUUUUCACAUCAAUUCAGUUUUUAAUGAAUACCUCCGAAUUUAAUGUGAAACAAUUUUGUCUAAGAUGUCCAUUUUGUCUAACACAUCUAAUUCAACUUUAUCCGGUUGGAGCGAUUUUAGAAUUUCAUAAACUUUCAGAAGUAUGUGAAGAUUUGUUAGCAGAAGCUCUGAGUUUACCAUCAAUUGGUUUUGAAAACUGUGAAAACAAUAACUGGAAAAGUUUGUCUACUACUACAAGGAGACAACAAGAUAUUUCUUCUUCUGUGAAAAUGAGUUCAAUUAGUUUAGCUGUUGGUUUACUAAGAUGGAUCGAUGAAAAAUCACCAUUUACAUCAUCGUCUUUGCCAGAACCAUUUUUGAAUACUCAAUUUUCACGACGUAAUAAUAAUACUUCAUGCUCUCCAACCGUUAGUCAGCAAUCAAAACCCAACGAAGAUUCUUCAUCUCCUUUGGAUAAUCAAUACAUUUUCAAAUCGAAUGAUAAUAAUUCUCAUGUUUCUUCUCCUUAUAAUGGGACAUCUCUUGGUUUUGUAUAUCGUCAUGCUAUACAAUGUUUACGGCAAAAUUUCACUUCAUUAGUUCGUUCACCAUUUAUUUUACAACGGCUAUCACCUCAACAGCUUUAUGAAUUGCUCGAUUCUAGUCUUGUUCAAGCACCUGAAUCUGAAAUCCUAGCUGGUCUAUUAUGUUGGGGUGAACUUCAACUCAAACUAAAACAAAAAAAUACAUGUUCCGGCGUUCAAUCUUCAAAUGUAUACCCUAGUAGAGAUAAUGAAACGAAUAUUCAACCAGAUAAAAUAUUAGAUAAUGUAUCUAUUGAAUAUCAGUCAAUUUUAACAUCAAUUAUUGAUAAUCCAUCUGUUAUAAACUGUAGUCUAUCCGGUAAUGAUACAUCAUCAUCAAUAACAGUUACUGAAGAAAAUGAUCUUUCCUAUUUUAAUCAUUGGUUAUUACUAUGUAGUGGUUGGAAUAAUGUAGAAAACAGUAUGAAAAGGCCAACAUCAAAUAUUGAUUGUGCAUUACGUUUACCAUCUUGUCAUUUAUGUCAUGGUACUUCUACCACUACUACUACUACUACUACCACCACGAAUAAUAAUGCUAACAAUAAGUCUGUUUCAAAUGAAUCUUUUACUCUCAAUCAUAAUCUUGAUAAAAUGAUAACAUAUACACAAUUAAUUGACUUAGUAUCAAUUGUAAAUUUAUUAAAUGAAUACAAUUUAUUGGAUUGUAUUCGACCAGCUCAUCUACUUAGUCCUAUGCCUAACGAAUUAGCAAGUGUUCUACUACGUUAUUACUGUGAUAACUACCAACAUGUUAAUGCACAUAAUUCAUCUACUGUUGUUGUUUUAAAUUCCGUGAAAACUCUUCAUAAUUUUGGCUGUUGUCAAAAUAAAGAUUUCUUCAAUUCACCAUGGAAUUCACUUAUUCACUUGAUAAAGUCUUCCCAAUCUAUUUGUUCAGAGAGACAAUUCACUUUUGAAAAAGUUUUAUCCAAUCCUUGGAGUAGUCUAUCACCUGCACAAUUCUCAGAAAAAUACCAUUGGGCUAGCCUUUUAUUCACUGAUGAUAAUGAUGGUCUAUCAGCCGGUCAUAAACUUAAUUCCACUAAUAUUAAUAUUGACGAUGACUGCGUUUGUUGUUGGAAUAAACAACAUCUUAUAGAGAAUCCAUCAUUGAUCACCGCCACUGGGGCUUCUGUUGUUCGGAAAUCAUUAUCAGAUAAUUCUAAUGUAUGGUUAAAUUAUACAAAUCGAAUGAACUCACAGUUGAAAUUUCUGCAUCUUCCACCUAGAUUAUAUUAUCCAUUUUUAAAUGAAGUUCGAAUGCUUUUUAUUCAGAAGCAUGCUGUACAUCAUCAAAGGUUACAUAUAAUGAACAAUAAUAAUAAUAAUAAUAAUAAUAAUAAUAAUAAUAAUAAUAAUGUUGAUAAUUUCCAUUCACAAUCUCAAUCUUCUGAGUGUACAUGCUGGGAGUUUUUAUUAUCGCGUAAAUUUGAUCAAUCAUGUAAUUUAACAAAUUUCUCACCGAACACAACUAAACGCAUUCAUCAAUCAUCUUUCAAUAAAUAUCAUAACAAAUCUUUUAAUUUAAAUCAUCAACAGACAUAUACUACUGAUAUCACUAGAGAUUAUUCACAAGAUUUCUCAUCAGAAUGUGAUUUAAGCUUUCCAGAUUUGGCUAAAAAACGUUUCGGUUCAAAAUCAAUUGAAAAUAAUGAUCAUAAUAAUGUUAAUAGUCACUUUUUCAUGAAUAAAAAGUUCACAAUAUGUUGCGAUUAUAAAUGUCGUGACUUUGCUUAUUGUUUACUACCGUCAAGUCAAUGGAGCAGUAUUAUCGAUUAUUACAUGAGAUUAGUUCGUGAGUUCAUGGAUGAUCCCAUAAGUCAUCAUCCAUGUACAAACAACAAAUAUAUUCAUCAUAUUCUACGUUUACGCUCCUUAUGGAAAUAUGGUUUACCGGAUUCAUUGGAAAGUUUACUUGUUUGUAGAAUCAAUGAGUAUAUGUUUAUGUUACAACAACCACCACCCUCAACGAAACAACAAUGUUACAUAACAGACUGUUGUAAUCCUAUGAGAAAUAUCAAUACAUUGAUAAUCAAAAAGAAUAAUUCAUUUGUUUCAACAACAACCAUCACUACUACUACUACUUCAACAGCCUCAUCAUCGUCAUCCACAUCUGUAUGUAGUUGUAGUCUACCAGUUAUGAAUAUGACUUAUUGUGAACACCAUACUACGCAACGUUGUACAUUUAAUCCUAGUGAUAUUGGUUGGAAAUCAACAGAAAUCACCGGUGGAUCCACGACCAUUACAACCACAACUACAUCUCGAUCAUUAUAUUCAUUGUCUUCUAAUAAUUUAUAUAACAGUAGUGGUAUUAGAAAUAAUACUAUCAAUAAAUUGACCAGAAAUUCAAAUCAUCAUUACGAUCAUCAUUUAGUAUCGUUAGGUAAAGCAUCACAGCCAUGUUCAAUUUGUGAUGAUCAGGUAAUCUUGUGUUCAGUUCCAAAGAAUCACAAGUCAUUCUCAAACAAUAAGAUUCUAUUCACUAGUAAUGAGCAAUUAUCAAACACACAGUGUCUCGCGCCUUUUUCUUGUAAGCAAUGUCAAAAUCUUAUAAAAUCAGUGAAACCAUACUGUCAUCAUAAUGAUUCUUAUUUUUCUUCAUAUAUUACUAAGCAACAAAAGGCAUGUGUCCAGUGUAUAACUUCACCUAUGAGUAAUGCUACUCAUAUCACUGAUUUCAAUAAUUUGUUGCUUCCUACAUAUUUUUCCAAAAAUCAAUUUAAGGAUGGUAUUUAUUCUGAUCCUAAUUAUCUAUUGAAUGAUGGUUUAUUAUUUUCUUCUGAAAAUGAUCGUGCACUGACAAAGAAUAAAUCAAACUAUCACUAUAAUCUGUAUCGUUCUAAUGAUCAACAACACUGCCACCAUCGACAACAAUCGAGACGCCAACAACAUCAAUCAUCAGAUAUGUUCUACUGUCCUCCUAAUGAUCACAAAUUAUCUUCUGAGAUGUUAACAACAAAUUUAUCCAGUCCAUGUUAUAAGAAAGUUUUAUUGAAUGAUGAUGAUGAGGAUAAGAUUGAGAAAAAGCCGAUAUGUUGUCCCUAUGCAUCGUGUUCACAACAGACACUAAUACAACCAUCAUUGUCUUCGGCGAUAUCUUUAGUGCAUUUAAAAAAUACUGAUGAUCUUAGGGUUACGUUUAAUCAUAAUGAUAUUAGUAUCAGAAGCAGUCAUGCUGCUGUUACUGAAGAGCAAUAUGCAACCAGGUUGAUGAAAUUAUCCAAUAAAAGGUAUGAUGAUAAGGAUCGUUUACAUGAUACAGUUUAUUUGCCUUUAUUACUAACAUUACAAGAUAAUGUUAGUGACCAGUAUCAUCAUAAUAUGUCUUCAUCCUUUACAGGGAAAUCAGAUCUAUCUUCAGAUUCUACAAAUUAUUCUUCAUCGUCAUCAUCAUCUUCAACUAAUUUCUCAUCUCCAUUAUCAAGCGCAAGUAAUUAAUUUACAUCAUUGCGAUUCUUUACUCUUCUCCAGUUUGAUGAUUCUUGUGUAUGUAGCUAAUGAUGUCCCGGUUCUCGUUCACUUUCUCCUAUAAUAUGUCUGUUAUAAUUCACAGAAAAUGUUUAUUACAAAAACAAUUUAAUUUAUCUCUUGAAAGUUGCUUCCAUACUUUGAUCUUAUUAUAUUAGUGGAAAAAUGAAAAAGAAUUUUAUACAUCAGUAGGCAAAUUUUUUCUAGAAAAAAAAGUCCUAAUCCUUAUUUGUAAACAUAAAUUCACAUACGGUUACUUUCUAUACAUUAUUUUCAUCGUUUUUUUUGAUAAAUCAUUAUUUAUUAAUGAUUGCUUUCAACACUUCUUUUACUCUACAAUACACAUUAAAACAUUUUACCGGCCUGAUUUGUAAUAUUUGUCUAUUAAAUCAAAUGAAUAAAUAAUAUUAUAUUUGUUCGGUUAUCAUAAUUUUCUAACAUGAUAUCACAUCCAUUUUGUGUGUAAUCAUGAAAGGUAUACCAUUUGUUAACCAAUCAAAACAUUUUAAAUUACAUAAUACUAUUGACCAAUUAACUUCCAGUUUAAGCAUGUGUUGACCUGAUUGUAUUUCUUUCUCAUUUUCUAUUGGUUGAAUUUUUUUUAAGGACUGAAUCGCUUGAAGCAAUAUAUAAUUAUGAAUAUAUUUUUUUAGGAAAAUGUUCACAUAUGUGCAAUAAUGGAAUUAAAUAGCAUUUUUAUUUUCUAAAACAUCUAUACAAAACGAGGUAACAGCAGUUAUUUUCAUUACUGUUCUUAUUUUCAUUUCAUUGUCUAUUGCCCUUUCGCUUUAUGUAACUUCUUCCUAGAAUUGUUGCCUUAUAAAUUACGAUACAAUGAACUUUAUAUAUGUUAUCGAGUUGUUUUGUUUUUCUAAAUAGAUGUUUGGUAGUGAAAAAAAUACAAAGUUGUUUUGCUUAAUAGUUACUAAUAAUCUUAUUACUAUCAUUUAUAUUGCCACGAUCUUCUUUAUCAUAAUUCAGAGUAAAGUACGUUCCUUAAAUUAUUUAUUGGAUGAAGUGUUUCCUAGAUGAUACAUCGUUUUCUUCUUUUUGAUUAAGAAUUUCUAAGGCAUAAACUUCACAAUCGGUUUCAUCGAUAUGGGUUCACAAAUCCUCCCGAAUCUUGAAAUUCAUUAUGAUUUUAUACUACUUUAAACCCUCAUCUAUUCUUUUCGAACUGUGAUGUUGGGUUUGUUACUAUUAUUACUUUUCUGUCGCUGUGUGGAUUUUAAAAGUGUGACAAUUCUUCUCGAUGUGUAUUUGUGCGAUUUCUUGCGUUUCUUCGUAACUGACUUGGUGCUUGAACACUGAUUCCCACGACGUGCAAUGCUAACCGGU